AGAGAGAGAGAGAGAGAGAGAGAAUGGGGAGCAAUACACUGGUGGGAUUUCAGGACCAUCUGAAAUUAGCGAGGGAAUAUGCUCUUGAAGGGCUGUAUGAUACUUCGGUAAUCUUCUUUGAUGGCGUUAUUGCUCAGAUCAACAAGCAUCUUAGUUCAGUAGAUGACCCUUUAAUGCGUGCAAAAUGGAUGAAUGUGAAAAAAUCCCUUACUGAGGAAAUAGAAGUUGUGAAGCAGUUAGAUACAGAGAGAAAAGCUUUUAAGGAAAUACCCAUGGGUCGACGUGCAGCUUCUCCUCCAAUUCAUGCUAAAUCAUCAUUUGUUUUUCAACCGUUAGAUGAGUAUCCAACUUCUUCAGCUCCUUCCAUGGAUGAUCCUGAUGUCUGGAGGCCGCCAAGUAGGGACUCUGCAAGUAGAAGGCCUGCAAGGGCUGGUCAAGUUGGUAUGAGGAAGUCACCACAGGAUGGGGCUUGGGCUCGUGGUUCCACCAGACCAAAUACUACCACUCGUGGUGCAAAGGCUGGUGGUCCAAGUCGUGUUAACUCUGGUGCCCGUGCGGCAACUACUGGAAAGAAAGGCUCUAGUACUACUGGUAAAUCUAGCAAGACGGAUUCUGCAAAUGGUGACGAUGAGGGAAAUUCUAAGAAGGGACAGUAUGAGGGACCUGAUCCUGAUCUAGCUGCUAUGCUCGAAAGAGAUGUGUUGGAAACUAGUCCAGGAGUGAGAUGGGAUGAUGUUGCUGGCCUGAGUGAAGCAAAAAGACUUCUGGAGGAAGCUGUUGUUCUUCCCCUGUGGAUGCCAGAAUAUUUUCAGGGAAUAAGGAGACCAUGGAAAGGAGUCCUAAUGUUUGGCCCUCCUGGGACUGGGAAGACAUUGCUUGCGAAAGCUGUGGCAACUGAGUGUGGCACAACCUUUUUUAAUGUUUCUUCUGCCACCUUGGCUUCAAAAUGGCGUGGGGAGAGUGAGCGCAUGGUCCGGUGCCUGUUUGAACUUGCAAGAUCUCAUGCACCAAGUACUAUCUUCAUUGAUGAAAUUGACUCCCUAUGUAAUGCUCGUGGGGCUUCUGGUGAGCACGAAUCAUCCAGAAGAGUGAAGUCAGAACUUUUAGUUCAGGUAGAUGGUGUAAACAAUAGUUCCUCCAGUGAAGACCGUAAGAUAGUGAUGGUUUUGGCUGCAACAAACUUCCCGUGGGACAUUGAUGAGGCACUUAGGAGGAGGCUUGAAAAGCGUAUUUAUAUUCCUCUUCCUAAUUUUGAGAGCAGAAAGGAGCUUAUCAGGAUAAAUCUAAAAACUGUUGAGGUGGCUCCUGAUGUGGAUAUCGAUGAUGUUGCUCGCCGGACAGAAGGAUAUAGUGGGGAUGAUCUAACAAAUGUCUGCAGAGAUGCUUCCUUGAAUGGAAUGAGACGUAAAAUUGCUGGAAAAACUCGCGAUGAGAUUAAGAAUAUGGCCAAGGAUGAUAUUUCAAAGGACCCUGUUGCCAUGUGCGACUUUGAAGAAGCAUUGAAGAAGGUACAGCGAAGUGUUUCUGCUGCUGACAUCGAACGGCAUGAGAAGUGGUAUUCAGAAUUUGGGUCUGCAUAAAUUUCACGCUAUGAUGAAGAUAGUAAUGGAUUCACCACUUUCCAUUCUGCAGAGUGAUUUGUUUUUUUAAAUUUUGUUUUCUGAUAAUCAUUGUGUUGUCUCGGUGUGACUAAUAGUAAUCCAACUGCAGCCUUCUAUACACUUGUAAUCCCUUGCUUCCCUUAACCACUGUUUCUGUGCAGCUUUAUCAUUUACGAAGAAGUUUUAAGUUUUCAUUGACAUUCAACAAUGAAUUGUAUUAUUUUAGAUCUGUUAAUGUUGCCAUCAAUUCACGCCAUGAAAUUAGUUUUGAAGGAUUAUCUUGAACUAGCAUUGAUUUAUAUAAUACUUGUGUUUGCUGGUUUAUGUAUUUUUUUUUUCCAUACAAUUUUAAAUGUGGGUUUUCUCUAUGUAUCUAACUGGAGGUUGAGCAUUAUUGGUGACACCACCAAUCCUGGUCUCUAAUAGAAAAACCCGCUGCCAAAGAUGUGUGUGGGUGGGUGGUUGGGGUGGAGGGUGUUCAUUCAGUUUUAAAUAGUGGAAUAGCUCUUCACAGUCUUUAGCAACAGAAACAAUGGAGGAAGGGUUCAAUCUCUGCAUCCUCAUCUCCAUUUCUUUUCAAUUCCUUCUUCCAACCAGUGGAAUUCUGAACAAGUCAAAUGAGCUGGUUUCAUACUCAGCACGAGGUACCGCUGUGUGCUCAGUCAUAAAUUGUGGGCAAGGAACUUGCAAGGCAUCUAAUGCUUCAUUUCUUGGUUUCGAUAUGCGUGCAGUUCUGGUUGGAGGAAACUCCAAAUUGGUCUCUUCACCUUCCCAUUCCCUUAUUGUAUUCUUCCCAACUGUAAGAAUCUCUCUCUCUCUGUCCCUAUCUAUCUAGACACGCAAACAUCUGCAAACCCACAUGCAUUCUACAGAUUGUAUCUUACAAUAACAGAUGCAUAAUUAGGUAGUUAAUAUGCCUUCUUAUU